AGCCCGUGAGCAGGCGGGCGUGGAUCGGGGGGCGGCAGGAGAAUCCACGUGCAAGCAGCGGCCUGGAGCUGGGUGGGGCUGCGGCGCGGACUACAAAUCCCAGGGGCGUGGGCCUGGAGAGGCGGAAGGGGCGUCCUGGGGCGGGGCGGGCCGGGGCGAGGCGGAGCGAGGCUGCAGGCGCGGGAGGGCAGGGAGAGGUUCGCGGUUGCAGCGCACAGGAGACCAUGUCCGGGGGCAGCAGCUGCAGCCAGACCCCAAGCCGAGCCAUCCCCGCCACUCGCCGGGUCGUGCUCGGCGACGGCGUGCAGCUCCCGCCCGGGGACUACAGUACGACCCCCGGAGGCACGCUCUUCAGCACCACCCCGGGAGGUACCAGGAUCAUCUACGACCGGAAAUUCUUGAUGGAGUGUCGGAACUCACCUGUGACCAAAACACCCCCAAGGGAUCUGCCUGCCAUUCCUGGGGUCACCAGCCCUGCCGGUGAUGAGCCCCCCACGGAAGCCAGCCAGAGUCACCUGCGAAAUAGCCCAGAAGAUAAGCGGGCAGGCAGUGAAGAGUCACAGUUUGAAAUGGACAUUUAAAGCACCAGCCAUCGCAUGGAGCGCUGCCAAGGAGCCACUCAGGCCCUUCCCGGGAGGAGUCCCACCAGCCAGGCCUUAUAACAGUGAUCAUCCUGAGCAGGUGUCGGCGUGGGGUCGGCCACCCCAGCCCUCUCUCCCUCACUCAGGGCACCUGCCCCUCCUCUUUGUGAACACCAGCAGAUACCUCCUUGUGCCUCCACUGAUGCGGGAGCUGCCGCCCCAAGGGGAAUGACCCCUGCCAGCCAGCACACACUGCAGCCAAGGGCCAGGAAGUGGACAAGAACGAGCCCUUCCUUCCGAAUGAUCGGCUCCUCCAGACCCUCACUGCUGAGGGUGCAACCACCCCUUCCUUAGUGAUGUGCCUGGGAAAGCUCCCUUCCCCCUCCUUCCCCAAGAGAGGAAAUAAAAGCCACCUUCGCCCUAGGGCCGAGA